AUGGACACUACAUGCAUUGGCUGCGGCCUCCAACGAGCACUAGAGGUGCUGAACACUCGAGACGAGACACCGGAGGGAGGCAUCAUCGUGCUGAUGAGCGAUGGUGAGGAAAACGAGGAGCCCAAACUGAAUGACGUCCUGCCAGAAGUUACAGCAGCCAAGGUGGAAGUGAGCUCGAUGGCGCUGGGGGCGUCAGCCGAUCGUCAGAUCGAAAAGCUGGCCUCCCGCACCGGCGGAAAAGCGUUUUCCUUCCAAGACCUGCAGGGCAACAUGGCGGUUGCCAUGGAAACAGCCUUCGUGGAAAGCACCACCACGCAGGCCGCUGCAAAGAAGGAUUACGUCACGCUCACAGACGUCGUAAAUACAUUCACGACGAGGCUGGAGGAACACUUCAUUCUCGAAUCAUCUCUCGGCAAUAAUACUAUCGUGAUCGUUGACCAAGUGAGUUCCACGUCCGCUGACAUAUCAGUGACCCUUAUCAACCCCAGCGGUGAAGAAUGCAAGAAGUGUGUAGAAACGGGAGACAAGAAAACGAAAAAAGUCAUCAUACCGAGCCCGGCGCAGCAUGGCAAGUGGACGAUUCGCGUGGAUAGCGCCGGCUCACAAAAGGCCGAGGUCAACAUCCAAGUGAAGUCCCAAGGCAAGGAUCCCAACAGCGAGCCGAUCCGCGUCAACUGCCGAAUGGGCAGCUUGCAAGUUGGGAAGCCUGACGAAGCCAUCAUCUACGCGGACGUGUACAAGGGCAAGAAGAUCGUCCUCGACGCCACGGUGAUUGCCGAAGUCACAGGCCCCAAUCCGCCACACAAGUCGAUGGCACAGCUCUACGACAACGGUCACGAUCCCGAUAUCGAGGCCGACGAUGGAACUUACAGCGGGUACUUCGUCCACUUCACUGGCAAAGGGAGAUACGUCGUCACGGCCCACGUUUCGAGCGAUCACAGGGCUCGAGUAAGCGAUCCCAAGGUUGGCUCCGGUAGCUUCUACAGCACUACUGCGUUUUCUCUGUCAUCUGGAGCACUUGAGUUAGACAGCGAGGCGGACUACGGAUUCCCGACCGAUGACUUCGAGGACGACGAUUCACCCACGGAAGUGGUGAACGAGACGUCGACAAGCGUCGAGCCAGCCGGUGCCUUCCAGAGGGUGGCGGUCGGAGGGUCCUUCAGGUGACUGAAGACAUCGUGCAGAGUCAGGUGCCUCCAGGUGCUAUCAACGAUCUCACCGUGGUCCAAGUGCACCUGGGAGCUAACGACACGUUGAAGGUGCAGCUCACGUGGACGUGGCCGGGAGCUCACCUGACAUCCG